UUUUUUUUUUUGAUAUCCUACAUACGAAAUAUGAGUGAUCCCAAAGUACCAUUAUUAAAUAAUAAUAAUAAUAUGAGUAAACCUCCUGUUAGUCGUCCUAAGAAUAGAAGAAGAAGAUCAUCCUUUGAAGCUUCCACUUAUAAUAGUACAACUGCUCUUGGAUAUGUCAAACAACAAAACCUUGGUGGACAAGAGAUUCAAGAUCCUGGUUUAUCAUUAUUACAAUUACUCGCAUUAACACUAUGCAUGGCGGGUGUUCAAUUCACAUGGACCGUUGAACUUUCAUAUGGUACUCCUUAUCUUUUAUCUUUGAAUCUUUCAAAAGAACUCACUGCAUUGGUUUGGCUUGCUGGUCCAUUAUCUGGUUUGAUUGUACAACCUGUUAUUGGUGCUUUUAGUGACAAAUGUACUUCUAACUUUGGGAAACGAAGACCUUUUAUUGUAGGUGCAGGCUUCUUGACUUGUCUUGCUAUGAUUGGUGUUGCUUAUGCUAAAGAACUAGGGGCUGGGCUUGCUCAUUUGUUUUCAAACGAGACUUCAAUGGAACAUACAUAUGCUAUCGUGGUAGCAGUGGGAUCAUUUUAUUUUUUGGAUUUUACAUUGAAUGCUGUUCAAGCCAUUUGUCGUGCAUUGAUAUUGGAUAUUCCACCUUUAUGGCAACAAGAUCGUGCUAAUGCUUGGAGCGCUCGUAUGUCCAAUUCGGCUAUGGUGAUUGGAUAUUUCGUUGGUUAUAUUGAUUUGGUGAAAUAUUUUCCUUGGAUGGGUGAUUCUCAAAUCAAAGUAUUUUGUAUUGUUGCCAUGUUGGUAUUUUGUUUGACUUUGGGUAUCACUUGUUUUUGUGUCAAAGAAAAACCAUUGGAUCAAAUAGAUCAAGAAGACCAACCUUGGUAUCAUACUUUUAUUUAUAUUUGGCGAGCUUUUCGAUUCUUACCUAGACCUAUUCAAACAUUAUGCAACACUCAAUUCUUUGCUUGGAUGGGAUGGUUUCCUUUUCUCUUCUAUAGUACGCAAUGGGUAUCUGAUAUUUAUUUUGCAACACAUCCUAUCAAAGAUGGUACAGAACGUGAUUGGGCUGAAGGUACCCGGGCAGGAUCAUUUGCUCUUCUUUGUUACUCGGUUGUAUCUGUGGUUGCUGGUGUAGUGAUUCCAGCCCUAUCGAUGAAAUUCGAAAAACGUCAAGGUUGGCUUUCUCUCAACAACAUUUACACGGGGUCUCAUUUGGUGUCAGCUGCCGCAUUACUUUCUGCUUGGGUCAUCAAAUCUGUGCUAGGUGCUACCAUCAUGUUGUCGGUCAUGGGGAUUUCAUGGGCCAUUGUACUUUGGAUUCCAUUUUCCUUGGUAGGUGAAUAUGUCAGUUAUGAAGAUGAACGACGUUCUACCGUUAUUGCUUCCAAUCAAGAUUAUGGUUCCAUCAUCACCUCAGCCUCAUCAUCAUCUCAAAUCGAAGCUGGUCAACAACAACAACAACAAGAUGAAUUCGAUGCCGGUAUGAUCCUUGGUGUUCAUAACAUGUAUAUUGUCUUUCCUCAAUUUGCCGUCGCCAUCAUCUCUGCUUUUAUCUUUGCCAUCAACGAUGCCGUCAGUAAUGGAAACGAACAGGAUCAAACCUCCAGUGUGGCUUCCGUACUUGUAUUUGGUGGAUUCAUGGCUUUGAUCGCUGCUGUCUUUAGUAGAUACAUUGUACGUGUCAAGCAAGAUUAGAGAAAUAGUAUACCCAAUUUUAUUUUUUUAUCUAUUAUAUUCCUCUAUUACUUAUUAUAUACAAUUUAAAUAAAUAAAUAAAAAGAAUUUCUUGUUUUCUACUUUA